CAAUAUAGAAAAAGGACGCAUCUCGCAUGUUUCUGUAUAUCGUUUAUAUUGUUCGCGUUUAAAACUAACAUAACUGUUUUUUAAGUUACAAAAAAAAACAUUGAAUUAUAUAUUAUAAAUAUUUAACAAUGCUAGCUAAAUAUAAUUAAUAAAAAAUAUGGAAAAGGUGAUAGCGAGAUUGUUUUUUAAUUAAAGGAGUAAGGUUACAUUUUAGUAAACAAACUCAGCAAGUGCUUUAUUCUUAACCUUAGUCAAAAUGACGACAGCUUUGUAUUUGGAGCAUUAUUUAGACAGUUUGGAACAUUUACCAAUUGAAUUGCAACGAAAUUUUACCUUAAUGAGAGAUUUAGACGCGAGGGCACAAACUCUUAUGAAAGAUAUUGAUAAAUUAGCUGAUGAUUAUUUAAAAAAUGUCAAAGAAGAAGCAAAUGACAAGAAUAAUGAUCAAUUGCAACAAAUUCAAAAUAUGUUUACACAAGCAAAAGCCUACGCUGACGAUAAGGUGCAACUUGCAAUUCAAACAUAUGAAUUAGUCGAUAAACAUAUUCGAAGAUUAGAUUCGGAUUUAGCGAGAUUUGAGGCUGAAAUUCAGGAUAAAGCUUUAAGCAGUAGUCGAGCACAGGAAGAAAGUGGCGCAAGUAAAAAGGGUAGAAAGAAACUUAAAGAAAAGGAAAAACGUAAAAAGGGCACUGCAAAUGCAAGCAGUGAAGAUGAAACCAAAAAUGCGAGAAAGAAACAAAAGAAAGCUACUUCGACUGGAGCUGUUGGUAGUGGAGCACAAGCUGAUGCAUCUCUUGGUCAUCCUGCGGAUGUUUUAGAUAUGCCUGUUGAUCCAAAUGAACCAACUUACUGUUUAUGUCAUCAAGUAUCUUAUGGCGAAAUGAUUGGUUGUGAUAAUCCAGACUGUCCCAUUGAAUGGUUCCAUUUCACAUGUGUUGGACUUACAACGAAACCCAAAGGAAAAUGGUAUUGUCCAAAAUGUACGCAAGAUCGUAAAAAAAAAUAAAUCCAUAUAGAUUAUUUAAUUAGGUAAAUUUGUAAAAAGGCAAUUAACAAAUUUUUUGUAUUAAAAUUUUUUAAUAUGUAUAUUAAA